AGCUUAGCUAUAAAAAGGAGGACAAAAACUCCAGUGAAACUGACUCUGCUAGAACAGUGCCGUGCUUUUCCACAGAAGAUUAGACCCCAAGAGAGAUGGCUCAACACCAUGUAUGGAUCUUGCUCCUUUGCCUGCAAACCUGGCCAGAAGCAGCUGGAGAAGACUCAGAAAUCUUCACGGUGUUUGGGAUUCUGGGAGAAUCAGUCACUUUCCCUGUAAAUAUCCAAGAACCACAGCAAGUUAAAAUCAUUGCUUGGACUUCUGAAACAUCUGUUGCUUUUGUAAAACCAGGAGACUCAGAAACAGCACCCACAGUUACUGUGACCCACAGAAAUUAUUAUGAUCGGAUACAUGUCUUAGAUCCAAGCUGCAACCUGAUCAUUAGCAAUCUGAGGAUGGAAGAUGCAGGAAACUACAAAGCAGAUAUAAAUACAGAGACUGCUCCCUACACCAUCACCAAGCACUACAACCUGCAAGUCUAUCGUCGGCUUGGGAAACCAAAAAUUACACAGAGUUUAAUGACAUCUGUGAACAGCACCUGUAAUGUCACACUGACAUGCUCUGUGGAGAAAGAAGAAAAGAAUGUGACAUACAGAUGGAGUCCCCUGGGAAAAGAGGGUAAUGUCCUUCAAAUCUUCCAGACUCCUAAGGACCAAGAGCUGACUUACACGUGUACAGCCCAGAACCCUGUCAGCAACAAUUCUGACUCCAUCUCUGCCCAGCAGCUCUGUGCAGAUAUCCCAAUGAGCUUCCGUACUCACCACACCAGUUUGCUGAGCAUGUUGGCUAUAUUCUUUCUGCUUGUCCUCAUUCUAUCUUCAGUGUUUUUGUUCCGUUUGUACAAGAGGAGACAAGACUGUGGAUCUAUAUGUAUUUGUGAGACAGAUGCUGCCUCAAAGAAAACCACAUACACAUAUGUCACGGCUUCAAAGGACACCCAGCCAGCAGAGUCCAGAAUUUAUGAUGAAAUCCUCCAGUCCAAGGUGCUCCCCUCCAAGGAAGAGCUGGUGAACACAGUUUAUUCCGAAGUGCAGUUAUCUGAUAAGAUGGGGAAAGCUGGCACACAGAACAGUAAACCUCCUGGGCCUUCAAGUUACGAAAUUGUGAUCUAGACUGCCGGGCUGAGUUUUCCCUCUGGAAACUGAAUUACAACCACCAAUAUUGGCAGGUUCCCUGGACCCAGAUCUCUGCCUGGCUCUUACUAGGAGAAUGCAAAUUGUCAUAUUUCAACAUGUAAGCAAAUCAGGAAACCUUCUGUUACUGGGCAUAGCUUAUGCCUAAGUGGACAAAUGGAUGCAUACCCUUCCUGAAAUGGCUCCCUUCUGGAUGAAUGACGAAGCAGGCUACCUAAUAUAGUGUUUCCCAAACUUCUUCCCAUCGUAGUAUAUGUAGAAAAUAAUAUUUUUAUGGCACACCAGGGUAAACAAUCAAGAUUACUCACAUCUGGAAGCUGCAUAUGACCAGAGACCUCUCGUGACUGAAGGUAACAAACCUGCCGAGCAACUGUGGGAGAAGGGGAUCGAUAUUUUGCACACCUGUAACAGGCCAUGGCACACCAGCCAAGAUGCUCUGCUCACCUCACCGUCAAUAUGUGUGAAGAUCCCCGGUGUGUGGCCUCCACCAGUCCCUACCUCACAAAUUUGGAAAAGGUACCCUUCACUUGAGGCAGAUGCAGCCCUUCCCCCGAGUGCAUGGCUUGGAGAGCAGAAUGUGGGCUGCACAUAAGCACACGCAUCCCUUUCUCUGGAAAUCUUUGUGCAGGGCACAACAUGCUCAGUACCUCCAAACACAAAUGACGGUGUUGUGUGGGUCUCUGUCAGAGUUGUGGCUCUCAGCCAUGUCAACACACUCUACAAAUGGAGUGUUGGAAAAUGUUCUUUCUGUAGGGUCUAGAGACUGCUGGGCAUUUUUCGUGGUGUGCUACUUCAGAAGCCUCGUAGGAUUUUCUUUCUGGCUAAGCCUUCCUUCUGUAUCACUCCAAGCAGCUCCAGCGGAAGAAGCAGUCAUGCCCAGUAUUCUCGCUUUCUGAAAGAAAUUGACCAGCUUAUAUUUCUCACACUUCUGGGGAACUGGGUGUAAUCCAACCAUCAAAACAGAAGACCUUGCAAGAAGCAGAGUCAUCCUCCAGAAGGAACUUGGGAGAUGAUGGUGCAGAUUAUGAAUCUGGGUUCAUCCCAGUUCCAAAGGCCCAGAGAACUACGGAGUUGAGGCGGAGGCAGAGUGCCCCACCCCGGCAUCCCCCACAAACAGACCACCAGCCAGCUGACACGUGUAUUAACUCUCCACAAUGAGGAAGAAUCGUUCACAGCUGAGCAGGGCAUUCAUAUGAUCAUUUAAGGAUGUGUUUGCCUUAUGUGUUGGCAAAUAUAAUCAGUUAACUCCUAAAUCCCCACAAACAGUCCUAGGCUGGACAGCAGAAAUGAGCUGCAUUUAGGCAGAUGAAGACAUCAGUCCCAGUAAAUGAAUCCAUAGACCCGUCUAGCACCAACUAUCAUUAGCACUAUAUUAGGGGCUGCAAGGCUCCAAAGUAGAAAAUGUGCAGAAUGUCUACCCUUGUGUCACUGGGGAGGCAAUUCCAGCACAGACACUCCAGUUAAAUCUGAACUGCAGCUACAAGUGAUGGUAUGAACUACAACAGUCAAAAAAGACCUUAUGAGGGGGCAGGGCUGAAGCUGGGCCUUGAAGGAUGGAUGAAAUUUCCAUAGAGAAUAAGGAAGACAGGGGGCCUCCAAGUGAAAGACGCAUGAAAAACGAGCAGGGUCCUGGAUCAGCGGGGUGUAUUCAGAGCACAUCUCCAGAUGCACCAUACAUGCUCACAGUCCCUUGCCUUUGUGUAGCAGGGUGCCCCAGCCAGACAUGUGCCCUUCACCCCAUGUACAUUUACAUGUCCUUCAAUGCCCACCUCAAAUGGGCGUUAUACCUCUUCUAUAAAGCUUUCCCUGGUAUCAGGAGUCAAAAUUAACCAGGGAUCUUUUCACAUUGCUGUUUUUUCCCCUUUGGUCCUUCUGUCACUAGAACUCAUCUCAUUCUACCUUACAGCAUCAAUAAUUAUUUGUUUUCCUCACUACACUGUAUAUGUGGGAAUUAGAAGCCGGCUGGGUGUGAUGGCCCAUGCCUGUAAUCCCAGCACUUUGGGAGGCCAAGGUGGGCUGAUCACCUAAGGUCAGGAGUUCAAGACCAGCCUGGCCAACAUGGUAAAACCUGGUCUCUACUAAAAAUACAAAAUUAGCCCGGUGUGGUGGGACGCACGUGUAGUCUGAGCUACUCUGAAGGCUGAGACAGGAAAAUCGCUUGAACCUGGGAAGUGGAGGUUGCAGUGGGCCGAGAUCAUGCCACUGCACUCCAGCCUGGGAGAGACAGAGUGAAACUCCAUC